AUGUCUUAUUUCCUUUAUUGUUCUACUUUGUAUAGGAUACGCCAUAAUAACUGGAUCCACUUACUAACCAAUCUGUGUCUCGUGUAUGUUCAUAUAUCUACAUCUCUACCAACCUUGUGGGUCAAGACCAACAACAACCUCACAUCACAAUCUCACCACCAGCCUGGCUUGGCGCAAAGUAGCACUGCCAUAGCUCUGUCCGGCUCGCCACGCUCUAUACAGCUGCGUCUCGGUUUGCCACCCACAAUACAGCUCCAUCCUAGUACAUCUGGUCUUCUGGUCUUAGCGCAUGUAACGACCCAAUAUUGUACAGUCCUGUUUCAGCUGGACGCCUCUGAUCUUCCUGCUUCUGAACUGCAUAUGAUUCCAAGCAAACAAGCCGAGCAAACGAGAUAUGCCAAUGGCAGCCCUGCCUUAUCUUUCAGAGGUCAUCAGGCCAGCCGGCAAGAAGCGGCAGGACGGUAG